AUGGCGGACUCUACGGCGGCGGCGGCGCCCAUGACCAUCGACUUCCUCCGGGCCAGGCUGCUCUCCGAGCGCUCCGUCUCGCGCGCCUCCAAGGAGCGCGCCGACCAGCUCGCCACCAGGGUUGCGGAGCUGGAGGAGCAGGUCCGGGCGGUGACGGAGCAGAGGCGGCAAGCGGAGAAGGAGGCCGCGGAGGUGCUAGCCAUUCUGGAAUCAAAAGGCUUCUGCGGCAGCCUCUCCGACGCGGGCUCCGACAACGACGACGACGGCACCAGCGAGGAAGCACGCCCACGCGACGCCGAGACCACCGGCGGCGACGCGGCCCGCUCCCACGGCGAGGAGGAGCAGGACCAGGACGAGGACCCGCCGCCGGCGAAGAGCGAAGCAGAUGACGACGCGCUGUCGGCCGGGACGGCCCCGCAGCCCGGCGGGCUGUCGUGGAAAGGGCGCAGCGUGAGCCCGCGGAAGGCCAGACUGCUCAGGCAGCGGCAGCGGAGGAGCUACGCCUACCUCCUCACCGCCGAGGACCCCUCGCCCAAGUACCGGAUGGGGCAGUCCUGCCGGAAGAACAAGCGCAAGGAGCUCAGUGGGAGUUCAGACGCGGUGCUCACAGAGAGUCGGAAAGGACAGCGAGAUGGAUCGGCGGAGUACACCGACGAUGGCCGGGCCGAGUUGGACGGCGAGGUGGGUGGAGACGAGCGGAGCUCAGGGGAUGGUGGUGGUCAGUACGUGAUCAGGUACGAGAAGGGCGGGGAGAUGCAGAGGGUGCUGGAGAAGCAGGCCGAGCUGAUCGGGCAGUAUGAGGCCGAGGAGAGAGCUCAGAGGGACUGGGAGAAGAAAUUCAACGACAACAGGAGUUCACCCAAGGGCGACGUUGUGCAGGAAAAAUCAAGUGGCAAAACACUCUCCAUUGCCGGAAACAAGUCAGAAGUAUACGCCGGGCAGCGUCGUGAAGCCGGCGAGGAACACGGCCACGGUGGCGCGCAGAAUGCUGCCGUUUCAGCACAGGGAAGCUCCAACAGCAGCACAAGCCGAGACGCCAAUUCAGACAGCUGCCCAAGCCACAGCACGAAGUCUGCAACUUCCGGGCACAAGUCGAGCCCCUCGAGUGACACCCUCGUCAGCAAGGUCUCCGACUGGAGCUCGUCCCGCUUCCACGAACAAACCGACGAACAGCUCGACACAGCGGCAUGCCAACAGCCAAGCAGCACCAAGGACAUCGAUGUGGAGAGCGUUCUUCAGGCUCUGCAGCGUGCCAGGAUCUCCCUGCAGCAGAAGCUGGGCCGGCCGCUCCCGCCCAGCCAGGUGACGCUCGCGCUGCCGGCGCCGGGUGACGAGCACCGCGCGGAGGAGGACCUCUACCACGACGACGGCAGCGGCAACUCGUACAGGGAGGAGCCCGGCGGCUCGAGUCCGUCUUGUCAGGAAAUGCUGGCUCUCCCGGCGCCGGAGGAUUACCACAGCUGCAAUGACCAUGACCAUGGAAGUCUUGUCGAUGGCGCCGACAGUUCUUCGCUCACGGAGAAACGGAGCGGUCCGAGCACGCCUCGCCAGGAGGUUUUGGCCCUCCCGGCCCCGGGUGACGACGAGAGAGAGGACGACGUCGACAUGAAGAUCCCUGUCAGCAGUCCGGGCCUGUUCCGGUUGCCGACGGACUCGUUUCUGGAGGAGGACGAGAUGAUGCCAAGAAGUAAUGGCUGUGAUUUUGAGCUCGGAUUGAGACACCACGCCUACAGAGAUGAUGGUGAUGCAGGGGUUUCGGCAAGGCAGUUCUAUGAUCCCCAUGCUUCUGGUAGGUGCAGCGUUCCACCAAGCUCAGGUUUCACUAUAGGGGCGGCUUCUCUUCUUUCUGGAAUUCCAGAACUUCCCAAAGAUUUGAGGAGGGGAAGAUCUCUUGGAGAUGCUGAUCUGUUCAUGCAGCGCGCCUGCGAUUACACCGUCACUAAUAAGUGGAUGCUGUAG